AUGUGUGAUAGAAUUAUUUCAUCUAUUCUUACAUUACCAGUAGAAAUUGUCUAUCGAAUUCUUGAUCAUCUUGACAACUUUAAUAUUUUAUGCUCGAUCAGAGAUGUUUGUACACGCAUUAAUACGAUUGUCGACAGUUACCAUCGGUAUCAGACACUCACCACACUGGAUCUCAGAUACAAAAGCAUCGGACCGCAAGGAGCACAACAUCUUGCCAGUGUUCUGCAACAAAGCAAAAUAACACUUACCAUGCUAAACCUCUCAAACAAUCAAAUUGGCGAUCAAGGAGUACAAUGUCUUGCCAAUAUUUUACAAUACAACAAAACAAUAACCACACUAAACCUCCAUUACAAUCAAAUUGGUCCACAAGGAGCAGAACACCUUGCCAAUGUUCUCCAACAAAACAAAACACUUACCACACUGAACCUCCAUUACAAUCAAAUCGGUCCACAAGGAGCAGAACACCUUGCCAAUGCUCUACAACAAAACAAAAUCCUCACCAUAUUGGACCUCAGAUCCAAUGAAAUCGGAUCACAAGGAGCAAAACAUCUUGCCAAUGCUCUAGAACAAAACAAAACACUCAUCACAUUGGAUCUCUACAACAAUCAAAUCGGUAGUCAAGGAGUGAAACAUCUUACCAACGCUCUGCAGCAAAACAACACACUCACCACGCUGAAACUCGCAGCCAAUCAAAUUGAUGAUCAUGGAGUACAAUAUCUUGCCAAUGCUCUGCAACAAAACAAAACAAUCAUCACACUGAACAUCUACAACAAUCGUAUCGGAUCACGAGGAGCUCAACAUCUUGCCAAUGCUCUACAACAAAACAAAACACUAACCUCACUAAACCUCAUAUUCAAUCAUAUCGGUCCACAAGGAGCAGCACAUUUGGCCAAUAGUCUUCAACAAAACCAAACACUCACCUCACUGAACCUCGCAUCCAAUCAAAUCGGUGAUCAAGGAGCAGAACAUCUUGCCAAUGGUCUUCGACAAAACAAAACACUCAUCUCAUUGACCCUCAUGUCCAACCAAAUCGAUGAUCAAGGAGCAGAACAUUUUAUCAACGCUCUAGAACAAAACAAAACACUGAUCACACUUGACCUCGAAUAUAAUGAUAUCAGUGAUCAAGAAAAGCAACGUAUUAAGGAAUUACUAUGCAUUAAUCAUGGACUGACAGUAUCUUUGGAAUAUAAGAAAGAUAAACGAUUAUAG